CUGUGAAUAUUUGCUUUAUAAAGAGACAAGGGCCUAAUGGCUUCCAUUGCAGCAGCAGGACUUAGAUCUCCCGGUGCCAGAGGAGUUGAUAGAGUCAGUGACAUUGCUAUCGAGGCAACACUCAAUUCCAGACAGGUCACAGUACCACUCAGAAUGGUUGGGGACUUUCCAUUAAUAAUGGAAAGUGGGAGCCCCUCAUCUCACUGUUCAUCCCCUGUCUCACUUCAAUUUGGUAAAGUACUACGACCAGUCAACAGCAAAGAGUCACUGGGAGAUGAGAAAAGCUUAAAAAGCAUCGAUGAGAGGAGUAUUAAGAGCUUUGAUGAAAGGAGCAUUAGGAGUAUUGGUAGCAUUGAUGAGGAGCGAGAGCUGCAGCAACCACCUAAAGGAAGAAGACCCCCUGUACGUAGAUCAUCAAGCAGAAAGUCUCAUCAUGAAUUCAUUGAUUUUGGUCCUCCAAAACCACCUCCACUUCCACCAAAAAAUAAAAGAAUUGUAGAAAAUGAUGACGAUGAAUAUCUUAGCAUGGUCAGCAGUACUACUAGUGUAGAGAGUGAGUGUAGGAUUUAUAAUCUGACCAAACAAAUAAAAAUGCUCGAGGAAAGUAACAUUUUACUCCAAGAAACAAAUAAAAAGUUACGAAGAGAAAACAUAGCACUCAACCAUCAGCUUCAGGAACUCAUGGAAUCAAAUUCAAAAGGAUCUAAAAUGAUGAAAAACCGAAAGAACAGUUUAGAUAUCAUAGCCAAAUAUGACUGCACAGAAGUCCAAUCUCUUCUCUGUAAAAUGGAUUUACCACAAUAUGUCAGUGCAUUUGCCAAGGAGAAGGUCAAUGGCAAAAUAUUUUUAGAGUUAGAUGAAAUUGUAUUAGAAAUUGAGCUUGGAGUAAGCUCUUUUCUUCAUCGUAAAAGGCUAAUGCAUGUUGCAAGAGGAAAUCAACAUGUGCUAGACAUUAUGAAAAAUAAUGAAGAAAGAACACUGGUGUGAAUUCAUUCAAUAUUUUCUUUAUUUUGUAAAACAUCUAUAGCCUUUCUACCGUA